GAGUCAGUGGCUGGCGACUCCUCGGGGCGUCAGGUUUGUGUUGUGUGGGGUUUGUUGUUCUUUCGCGCUCCUUGCAAACCACGUGCGCAGCUCCGUGACAGCUCCGUUCUAACGGACGUUCAGAAUAUACGGAGCUACAGUACGACACGGCGUUUCAUUUAUUGUGAUCGAACUCCUUGACAUUUCCGAAGGAACUGAAGAUACUUUUAGUCGAAAAUUAAGUUUUUAAGGGAACGUUGCUCGAAGAGGACUGAAACUCGAAAGUAUAAAUUGUUUAUAGUUAUAAUACACACUUUUUAUAUACUAUCGUGAAUCUAAAGUUGAAAUUUUAAAAGUGGUAUCGCGCGAGGCACGAGCGAUAAUGCAUGUUGCAGAUAGGCGAUGUUGUUUAAACUAUCGGAUUCAAUGUGGAAUUUCUCUUCGGUAUUAAUACGAAUAAAGUGUUGCUCCGACGAUUACGAGUAGCACCGAUAAAUCGCAAGAACACGUUUUAAACAAUCUGUAAAGAUUUGUCGAUAUUACAAAUUAAAAUUUGUCACGAAGACUUGGCUACGUGCCCUCGACGGUUAUCGCAGCUGAGACUUUCGUUAGCAACUCUUAUCGUGCUUACGAGAAUAACCUGACCGCACAGCGCAAAUAUUAUGAAUGCAGGAAUCCUCAAAUCGAGUUACGAGUUAAAAUUGCGAUGCCUGCUAAUCGGGACUCAAACGUUGCGAAUCUCGAAGUACAUUCGGAUAGAAGUGUUGCCAAGGACGAGUGAAAUUCUUCGAAUUUCUUGAAACUCAAAUUUCCACGAAUACCUAUACUUCCUUCUAAUCUAAGAACUAAGUAAAACUAAAGUUAACAAGAAAUUAAACGAGCGAAAGUAACUCAAUCGAUGCGUGAUUGAGUCGGCAACGUACAAAGUGAGUGGACCGUGGUAAAGUAAGAAUGCAAGGCGGGUAAAUUAGUUGCGGAACAGGUACGUUUGCGACAAGAAACGGAAUAAUAACGACUGUGGCCGGAAGAACGAGGAAACGAGAGAAGAAGAAGAAGAAGAAACAGACGGAAGGAGGUGGAGGAAGGUGUUCUCUUAUUUGCAAAGCGACUGGACGUAGACGUAGAUAACCACUGCGACGAGAUAGAAGAGGAACGGAGAGAGGAAGUGACACGAUCGUGACACGACAUAGAAUAGAACGAAGAGGAAUCACGCAUAAAGAUAGAGGGGACGUAAGAAAGAAAGAGGAAGAAAGAACAAGAGAAGAAACGAGUUUGGCAGAACGAGAACGAAGGAAGGAAAGAACGAUCUGUUAGAGCAAGGGAAGGGAGCGAAGAGAGAGAAGAUUUCUGGGCACGCGCACUCCACCUGCUAGCGUGUAGUGGCACGCGCCAUAUCCACCCCCUCCGCUGCCGUGGACGUUCCGUUCCCCUCGCCGCGCGGCAGCGCCGCACUCCACCGGCCCCUCUCUCGCCGCAGUCCCUCUUUGGCGUUACCUCCUGGUUCUACCGCAGCCGUCGCCGCCACCGCCACCGCCACCGAUUCUUCCCUCCCCUUUCCCUCCUGCAGUCCCCCUCCCCUCGUCCGACUACCCGACAUACCCGCUCGAUCUCCCCUCGUUCCUCGGUGCCUCUUCUCCUCCCGCGGGAAUCCCCUCCCGUGCGCCCCUCACGCGUGCCACGAUUUCGAGACCGGGACGCGCGGGAGUCAAUCGCUCGCGGACUUCGAUAGGACGAGCACCAUAGAGGUCCUUGCUCUUCCUCUCUUAGAACGCCUCUCUGUCCGAGCGCGUUCUUCGUGCCUCGUGUCACUGCGAUCUCGUGUGCUUUCCGCGUUCUCGAUCUUCUCCUGACUCUGUUUUCUUUCUAUCGCUCCGCUUCUUCCUUUCGUUUCGUAAUUCCUUUCGUUUCUUCUAUAUCUUAGAAACGAAAGUUUGGUCGGAUUUUGAGAUGGAGAAAUUUCGGAAUAUAUCGCGACGCAGUUUCACAACUGUUGCAUAGCACCGAGUGUGGCUGAUUCGAGUAAAAAGAAGCAUAAACGCACUUAGAGAAGACAGCAGAGCGAACAACACGUUGCGUGACGUGCCUCGGGACACCGCGUGGUCGUCGAACGAGAAGCGCGAGUACCUUUCAGUAGUCGGAAGCCUGGCAUUCAAAGUUCACAGUGAAUUUUCACGAUCGGCUCGGUAGACGUGAUCGUAACACACGGGGGCAAAAAAAAGGGUUAGCCGUCCGCAAAGAGCUGCCGGCCGAUGUUUGCGUAUGAAAAAAUCCAGUCGUCCUCUUCCACCUCUUCCUCUUCUUCUUUCCGGCGUUCGCCUGCUGGCAGGGGGGCAACGUGCCGGUCGAUCGCUGUAUAAAGAACAAAGGGCCAACGGCGAUACUAACGACGACGAAGACCCUGACGAGGAAGACGAGGAACGAGGGCGGCGACAACGACGAGGAGAAGAACGUGGGAAGGGAAAAACGUAAGAAGGAGGAAGGAAAGCGGACGAGAAAAAUAAAGAGUGGGGGGCUGACGCGUGCUACUACCGCUGUUACUUCCAACGCAACAAAAAUAGUUCAGUCUCGGCGGUGGAGGAGAGAUAGCCAGCGAACCAAAAGAGAAGGGAGAUAGUAGUGCCAGAGGAAAGAAUAGGAAUAUCGGAGUUAUCGUAAUAUACACACGCACACGUGUAGCUUGCGCGUUAUCAACGUAAGGAGACCACGUAUAAUACGAGCGGCUGUAGUGAGUGCAACUUUCGGUGUGCUGAUGACGCAUUCGACAGUGAGAAAGAGCGAGAGCAGGCUACUUUCGAGAUAAACACGAGACGAGAUUCGUCACGAGCGAAAAUAAAACGGAGAUAAAUUAGGGCCCGAAUCGUGCGUGGAACGAACAAGACGGAAGAAAAAAAAGAAGAAUUUUAUUCCUGACGAGAGGAAGAUUUGGCAUUCUUUCCGUUCCCUGUAGUGCCAGCAGUGACAGAGAGUGAUGCGCGCGCGAUCAGCUGUUCGAAGCCGCGACGUGCACCGUGCUUCUCUCUCGUUUGAUCGAUUGUCGUCCGUUGUAAAUUUUUGAUACGAUAUUCGUCGAAAUUCGAUCGAUCGAACUUCGAUCGCGACGACCAUCACGCUUCUCGUCUUCAUAUGCGUGUUUCGAGUCAAUGUUCCCGAACUACCUGUUGACGAUUUACGAGGGAAAAUCGACGCGGUCUGUUUCGACUUAAUUUAACAGUCGUGCUGUUGUUGGAGGUAACGUGGACAGCUUGGUUCUCAUUAUUCAUUCAAGAGUUUAUUCGUAACAGUUGAUUCAGUGGUAUCAUCGUGACAUGGCACAAAAACCGUCUAAGUAACUUCCCUUCUUGUCGGUCAUUGUGUUAGUAAAUACAAGAACCACUGAAGAUCGGUAUAUUACAGAAAUCGUUGUUAUCAUGUGUUCGAUAGCAUUUCGCGGGAACAGUGUGAAAUCUUUCGCUCGGACGUGUGUAUUACCGGUUGAAGAACAUUAACGUGCAAAAAAUUGGUGGCGUGCUUUACAAGUAUUCAGUCAUUGGAAGGAAAUCGAAUAUGCGACUGGUGAAACUUUUGGUGGUGGUGCGGCGCGCCGAGUGUUUUUCGGAGUGAAUGUUAUCGAGACGUUGUUAGUAUACGUCUUAUCUGUCGCUCGCAUCAGUGGAGUGACAGAGAAAAAGAGGAAGAGGAAGAGGGGGAAGGAAAGAAAGAGACUCGACGGAGUUCGGAGGUCACGGAACCGUUGGACGAUAUGCGGCACGCAAACUCGUUUCGACGAGCUGAGAAUUUCGGCCCGCGGAUCCAAGCAGCGCGCUCGCGUCGUCCGGACGCCAAUAGCGGCGUGAAACAGUGGUGAUAUGCUGGUCGAGGGACACGGGAACGUCGAUUCUAUUCCCGGCGUCUUUUUCUCGCCGGUUGCGUGACGUUCGACUGGCGGCGAGGAACAGAGUAUUAUAAACCGUACGCGGUGACGUUCUCGAGCGCGCGCGCGCUAACCUCUACUUCACUGCUGGUGUGAUAGCUAGUCAAAGUGAUCGGAAGGGCAUUACGUUUAUUAUACGGGCAUCGGAGCAGUUACAUCGUGUACAAUAGAAGUAACGUAGUAAGAAUCAGAGGCUUCAAUGUAAAGUGUUAAGCUGUAAAGUAAAAAAAAGAAACUAGAGAUAUAUCGUACAUGUAUAUCUUUUCUAGAACAACGCACGAUUAAUAACCGCAACAAAGGUGAAAGAAUCGUUCUCAUUCAACAAGAAAUGAUCGAAUUAUAUCGUUGUGAAAGAAAUAUCCGAGCGUACUAGUGACUUUUUCGCCAUCUAUUUGUUGUGUAUGCGCCGUUACGGGACUUGCAAGUUCGGUUUGGUUACGCGCGAAAGAAAGUUGUUGCCGGUGGUGGCGCGCUGGUGGUGGUUCAAGCGUCUCCGGAAAAGCGCGGAAGACACGACGAAAGCGAAAGUACAGCGGUUGCGUUGGCGCGUUCCAGAAAAUGACCUUCAAGUUCCGCUGAGAAUCUUCCAUAAUUCAAACAGUGAAGAGAAAGAUGUAUUUGUAACGACGACAACUGUUAACGCGUAUCAUCAUCGUGUGAAAAAGAGGACAUAUUCGCCGAUUAACGAUAGUGUAUUAGUGCAGAUAUUCCAGCAACAAGAAGAAGCCGUCGGAGGAGGGGCAUGGUGGGCACCCACCAACCAGGGCCACAGGCCCGGGUGGCCCCCCUGUAACAAGGAAAUCUCUCGCUAUCGAGCCGUUCGUGCUUCAUUACAUUGCCUGGAAUGAUGCAGCAAAAAUUCGUGAAGAGGACGGCCGAGGAGUUGGAGCCAGCCGGUGGUAGCGGAGACGGUGGCUUCGGCGAGCCCCCCGUGAAGCUGCAAUGCACGCAGGCACAACAUCAACAUCAACAGGGACCCGGUGGCGGUGGUGGUGGCGGUCCCCAUCAUGGCCACGGCCAGCAUCCGGCUGGGAACGGCGCGAACUCCACGGGUCCGACGCAUGGCGGCGGUGGAGGUGGCGGCGGUGGUGGUGGAAAUGAGGGACUGACCAAAUUCUCCGUCGAAAUUGUGCAACAAUUAGAAUUCACUACGUCUGCGGCUAACUCCCAGGCUCAACAGAUCUCUACGAACGUGACUGUGAAGGCGUUGACGAACGCGUCGGUGAAGAGUGAUCUUCUGAACGCGUCGUCAUCGCCGAAAUCAGGUCCGGAUACGCCAGCAUCCGCGACGUCUAGGGCUCAGUCUGGAAACGGGGCUGGAGGCGGACCAGGCACUGGGAACGCUGGUACCGGAGCACCAGCUCCCGGUGGAAUCGGUUGCGUGGAUAUCGGUAACCUGGUCGAAUGCAAACAGGAGCCGGACAACGAGUUUGUCGAUUUAGAACAAUGCGCAGCCGCGCUGGAGAAAGACGCGGCAGCGAACGGCGCCGGGUUCCCUGGCUUUUCCGACUUCAUGGGCGAUGACACGGGCGAUGAAAUCAUCACCUCGGAUGCGUUCAAGGAUCUCAUCUCGGAGAUUUCCGACUUACAUCCCGAGUUCAUGAAAGACUUUGAUUUCGAGGAGAAGAUCCCGGUGGAGGCAUUGGCGAACAACGCGGUGGUAGCUGCGGCUGCUGCCGCGGCAGCAAACAACAACAAUAAUAAUAACAGUAUCGGGACGAACAACGGACAGAUCAAGAUCGAGGAUGACAAGGACUCGAUACACCAGCAACACGGGAACGUGAACAGCAAUAAUGUAAACAACGGUACAAGUACGAAUAAUGGUAACGCCAACGUGCCAGCUAACUCGAGUCCUGGUGGUCUUGGCUCUGCCCAGUAUUCUCCAGCCAGGCUACCUUAUUCCGGUCUGGACUUCAAGUCCGAGAUGAGCCCCGCCGCUCAGACGCUGAAGCAAAUGGCUGAGCAGCAUCAACACAAAAGUCAACAGUUGGGUCUUGGUGGAUUUAAUCCUGGAGCCGCAGCCGCAGCCGCUGCCAGAGGACCAACCGCUCGUUCACCUUACGCGGAAUUUCCUCAAUUUGGUGGCACGUCCGACUAUCUGGGCAGCCCUGGCAGCGCUGGUCCACCCGGUGGACAAUCUCAAGCGACCUCGGGCACUGGAUCGUAUCACAAGAACAACGGUACGUCCGGAUUCCAGAGUCAACAGACGAAUGACAUGUUUGUCAGCUCGCAAACUCAAUUCGCCACGGGCCUCGCUGACAUGAAGAGACCGCAGCCUGCCACCGGUGGCAAACCGACCAUGCUUGGACCAAGCGGAGGGUAUAAGCAGCAGUAUUCGCCAUACGGUAGCCCAGGAUCAAUGCCGAAUCACGGCAGCCCUGGGUAUCCGCUUCCACCAAGAGGCUCCCAAGGCGGCGGACCCAAUCAAACCGGAUCCCAAGGACCCUUCAGUAGCUCCACACCGCCUAGACCUCCCUCAGGACCUGGCACAUCCACUUUACAAAUUAACCAGGCACAGCAGCUACACAUUAACAACCCCGGACAUCAGAUUCAGGUGUCUGCGGGUCAGCAUAUGCAGCUAACAGGCGACCUGAAGCCAGGCGUAUCAGUGGCGGCGCAACAGGGCAUGUACUUUAACCAGCAACAGAACCAAAGUCAGUCAGGACCGGCCGGGCAAACAGACACGUAUUGUUCGGUUUCUCAGUCUCAAACGAUCAACUUCACGCAGCAAAGUCUGAGACAGAGAGCUGCGGCUGCAGCCGCGGGUGGCGUUUCCCAACCCGCUGGCGCUGCAGCUGCACGCAACCAUCCCCAGCAAGUGCCACCGAAUCAGGUGGAUCAACAUCAACAUGCGAAGAUUCUUCAGCAGCAACAGCUAAUGCGCGCUCAGCAGGUGAUGCAACAACAGCACAUGGCCGGAGGAAUGGGUGGCGUGAGACCACCACCUCCCGAAUACAAAGCGGCGGCUCAGGCCCAAAUGAUGCACGCUAGUAUCGGCAUGGGUCAGCAGCCUAGGUUUCCUAAUACCGGGCCUAUGCGUAGGGUUACACAACAACCUAUGCCACCUUCAGGUCCGAUGAUGAGGCCGCAAAUUGCGCAGCAGCAGCAGCAGGCGUUGCACGCUGCCGGUGGUAACAUGUACAUGGGCGGUGGCGGUAUGGCCGCCAUAGGCGGAAUGCAUCAGAUGCAUCAGCGUCUUGGAUAUCCUAGGACUAACAAUCAACGGCCGCCUAACGUUAGCGUGGGUCCGCCUGAUGGCCUUGGAAAUAGUAUCGCGGGCCGCGGCGCCCAGCAGGAGUGGCGACACGUUCUCAUGCAGCAACAAGGCUUUCAGGCGCAGGCUUUGCGAUCGCAAUUUAACCAACAAGGUCACCAAGGUGGAUUCGGUAUGGGUAACACAGGUGGAAUGCAGAUGAACGCCGCACAGAUGCAACAGCAUCAACAGUUGAUCCGCUCACAGAGUGGAGGUAUCGCUGGCUCCGGUAUGGCCAACAGCACUCAGAUGCAGCAGUUACUGUCGCAGCAACACCAGCAGCAAACAUUAGCCAUGCAGCAGAGUAAUAAUCAAAUGUCACUGCAGAUGCAAAUGUCGCAGUCCUCAUCAGUCAACUCUGUCAGCACUACCGGAACCGGUUCUCCCCUGCACCCGCAUCAACAGUACGGUGCUGGUAGUCCAGGAGUGCGCAGCCUGUCUCAACAGCAACAGCAACAUGCGCAACCGCCGGCCACCACUACGGACCCUUCCGUAGCCGCAGCGGACUUUAGCCUCGAAUUUCUGGAGAACCUUCCGACUGGAGACACGUCGAACUUCAGCGCUCAGGAACUGCUGAAUUCCCUCGACCCUACGGCGGGCUUCAACCUCGAUAUUCUGUAAGACCACGCCUAUCGCGGUCUAUUCGGAAAAUCGGAUUUUAAUUCACUCAUAGACCGGUUUAAAACGCAAAAAAAAAAAAAAAGUGAAAAUGUGAAAAAGAACGACGUACGAUAAUACAUACACGCGCUAGGAUCGAUCACCCCCAGGAAAAACGCUUACGUCCAUAAGUAGAUUCGCUUUGACUGCACGCGCAGCAUUCUCCGUCGUAUGCUGCGCUGACAAUUCGUUUAACAGUUCCUUCGAGAUCGAUGAAUAAUGACGAGACGUAAUCGUCGCGUCGAGAGAAAAUUAGUUGGUAAAAGUUAACAGGUUUACUGGGUUCGUGGAACGUGAUCGUACCAUUUGUUAGUCUUGAUGGUAAUGUGGCAAAACUGUAGCGGUGAAUGGACUGUGAACGGAGUCGAAAGUAGACGAAACGAGUGAAAGGGGACGAGGAGACAUAAGAUUAUUGAUUUCCGUGUUGUGACGACCACUCGUCGAACCGCGACGAUCACGGUUACCUGUAACGUGCGUCCUCCAAUGAUCAGACAUGUUCAUCGAUUAAUCUAAUUUGAAAACGCGCAGUCGGGGUGUUUGAUCCAGUCGAACCAGAAGUAAAUGGCGGUCGGUAUCGCGACACGUGCAUAUGAUAGAUCCAUACGUGUAGUAAGUUUCCUCAGACAGUUCGAUGUUCGGCUUGCGGACGAUAGAGGGUGCGCGAGUUGAAAAAUUCGUUCGUCAGAGGGCAUCCGGUUCGACGUCUCGCUUGCAUGGAAACCGGUCGUAGUGCAUUUUCGGCAGCUAUCCUUCGGCUGGCGACUAUUCUUCUAGGCAAUCAUCUUUUAGUAAAAUUUAAUUUCUUAAACGAUAAACGAUCAAAGAAGCAGCAGAAACAAGAGAGUAAGGAAAAGAGAGGUAAAUAGAUCGAAAUAGAACCAGCGGACGGUCGACAGCGUGGGAAAUCAAGAGGUACGCGUAAAAAUUCGUCCCGUCGUUCGUUGCUCCGCAAACGUUUUAUAUUACAUAUACACAUAUAAUAAUAUAUAUAGUGACGUUUAAUCGCCAUGUAAGUGGCAUGUUCGAAUCCUUUUUUUUCGCUGCUCCCCAUGUUCUCAAGUUUUCGCAGUGACGGUCGCACCGGAGUGAGGAUCGAUCGAUCUUUCUCUCUCGAGUGCACGCGUCGACGACACUGCGCGGUGACUUCGACGCGCACUCCACAAAACGACCAACGGUACAAUUCAUUCUCUUGAUUUUUCACGCUAUGAUCCACGAUCGAGAAUCGUCAGCGGACAGGCGAACAAAAGAAAAUAUCGUCCUAAUAAUCGUCGGUUCACGAUCGAUCGUGUCGUCGUUUUUGUUACAAUGACGUUCCAUUUAUCCUUUCGGUCGACGAUCGAGCGAAAGAACAUUGAAUCGUCGAUUUUCUUGAACGAAUCGACAUUCGACCGUCGCUGAACUUCGAUUUACAGCUAAUUACAUUAUUACGAUAAUAACAAUUGCUAGAGAUAAUAACGUAUUUAAACGAUGCCGCGAACGAUCGCGUAUUCUACAAUUAACAGAAAGUCAAUUAUGAGAUAUAUUAUUCGAUUCCCGAUGAAUUACAUCGUGGCCUGCGACGACGGGCCAGUGUUUCGGCCCGAUCGAUCGGUCCACGUCUCGCAGGGUUCGCGUCGCGUUUGAUGAUGAGGAGAGAAAGAGACGGAGCGAGUAAGAGUGGGAGAGAAUGAAGAAACCCUUCCUAAGAACGCAGUGUUAGUGUUGCUACGGGAUAAAUUACAAUCUUGACUGUACAUAAAAAUACACGAUUACAUAAACACACAUACAUACACGUACACGUACACAUACGAGUUAGAAGAAAAUUCAGGACGAUAAGUUCGCAAACUUUAGCCGAUUAAAAUUUAAGAGCCCUACGAUAUAGGUGAAUAUUAUACAUAUAUAUAUAAAUAAAUAAAUAUAUAUAUAUAUAAUGAUAAUAGUAAUCGAUGAUAACGCACGAUUCAAGAGCGAAUGGCGAGAAAUAGUGAUACGGAUGAAAAUAGAAAGAGAUAGAAUAUUUGAGAAUAUGGGAAAAAAAGAAUAUAAUUGGUGCGAAAAAGUGAAACGAAUGAAUCGGUGAGAAAGAAUGAGACAACGCGUGAUUGUGUAUGUGUGUUUCGCGCGGCGAUAAAGCACAUUUCCUCGAUCCGAGCGUAUUUAUUGAGUUUUAGUUCCAUAGAAUGUGCUCUGUCGCCGAAUUCGACAGGUUGCACAUGAAAUAAUUACGGUCAGCUGCGAACAUCGUUCUUGGUACGAUGAACCGAAUGCUCUUCUCGCGGAUAUUCCGGUUCUUUUCGGCUCUUUCGAAAUACCAAGAAUCGUUGUAACAGGAUAGCAUUAGUACUUAUCGUUUGAUCCAUUUUCAGUCAGAAUUCAUGCGAAACGUUCGAUUGAUACGGUGAUUUAUGAAAUGUAUCGAGCUACAGUUCAUCGUCACCAGAUGGCGGGUUCGCGACUAAUCUUCCAAAUAGUAAAUACAUUCCAUAGAUAAUGAAAAUGGAGUUAGAGAUUCAUGGUUCGUCUAAUCAAAACUAUCGUUUCUAGAAAAAGAGAGAGAGAGAGAGAGAGAGAGAGAGAGAAAGGUCGAAAUAGAUGAAAAAACGAAGUUUACGAGGAAACCGUCGAGAUAAGAUAGACGCACUAGAAUUCAAGAACACCGAGUGAAUAUACGGGACACCCGGUAGAAAGUAGAAAAGAAAGACAGCAGAGAAACGAGAGUGCAGGAAAGUAACGAAAAGUAAAAUAAUCCUCGACCGUUCGCCGAAAAGCGUGCACGAAUACUUUCCGAUUGGAGUUUCGCUCGUCACUCGCAGUUAUAUUCAGCGCUCGAAUGGAGAUCGCGUCUCCGAUUUCGAGCAUGUUCGUGUCAUGCGAAAAUUAGCAAAAAGAAGACAGUACGCGCGCCGCGCGGUUCCUUUUUUUUUUUUAACGUAAAAUAAAUAAAGGAAGAAAUUUUCUUGAAUCAGACGAAACGACGUCAUUUAUUGUCUUGUAAAAUAUUGGGGCCAUGAAACAUAAUCUAAAGAAUGAAAAAAACGACAUAAAAAAAGCGAAAAAUGUGGAGAAAGAAUAAUAAUUAAAAAAAUGGGGGGAACGAAGGGGACAGGUGCUCUGAUCGUGUCACGUUGAUUUAAUGAGGACGUAUGAUGUAAACGGAGAGAAUCAAGAAUAGUGAUGAGAGUAACGAAGUCGCCACACGUGGUUGUUCUGUUCUCUUUGCUUUUUUCCAUGAUUCUUAAUAGAAGUAAUGAAUAUACAUACGUUUUUUCGUGGACGAACGAAAGCGAGAGAAUGCGAGAAUGCGAGAGAGAAAGAGAGCAUUAGGGACCAACCAAAAAGAGAGUUAAAAAGCGUGCAGUGGUGUCGAUUGUCGCGGUGGAUCGUUUUUCCUUUUUAUACACACGACAAAACGAGAGAGAACAAUGGAGAAAGUGAGACAUCAGUGCCUCGAAUUAUUUCGUGACAGAACACCGGACUAACAGUUCUAAUCUCUAUUAUUUUCACGAAAAUCUUUACGCGAUGCAUACAAAAUGUGUUUCCGAUCCUCGUGAGUAUGCCACUCGAUCUUCCACGUUUUAGGGGAAAAAAAUGAAAGAGAAAAAUGGACAUAAAGAUUGAAAUAAGAUCCAUGAAAAAAGUUAACAACGAUCGAGCUGUUUUCUCUUGCACUGUCGACAGUCGAUGUUGGUUAGACGACGUUUCAGCCGGAGCGGACAAAAUAAAAGAAAGGCUCCCGGAUAUGUGUCAGUUCAUCGAGGAGUCUCGUGCCGGAUAAAUAUAUACCUAAUUAUUUAUAAUAUUUAUAACUUUAUAUGAUACACGGGCAUUUCGCAUAGAAUAAAGUUCAUGUUGAAUUUCGAACUGUUAUUAAUAAAAAGCGUUGAGUUCCUACAAUCGUUUCUUUACUUCGCUUCUGGAUAAUAUUAUCGUCUCAUCUCACGACGAGUCGUAUAUUUCCAAAUCGAUUUUCCAUUUUCCAACACAACAACAAACGGAGAAACCAAAGAUUAAAACGGGAGAAAUCGACCGUGUAACUCGAUGAAAUUUCGUUCCCAAUGAUAAACAACGCGUGCGGGACGCGCCAUAAAUGUCGAUAAAACGGUACUGUUUGCCGGGUUCCCCGUAACUUCGCUAAUUGUCGAUUCGUGUUAAACCCGUGAUCCAUCGGACUGUUUAACGCGUUUCAAUGUCGGUUAUUUACACGCGAAGAAUAUAAUCGAAACACAGUUCCUACAUAGAACAGCCAGAAAGCGGCACAGAGCAGGACCAACCAGAGUCUCAUCGAUCUGUCCGCGAUCCUAACCAUUUUGCAUCUUCCAUUCAUUUCACGGUAUUAUACGUACUUCCAAUGUUCACACGUCUCUCGUGCAAUCGAACUAAACGUUUCGGGGAUCGUUUCAUGCCUACACAGAUUUUCCCUCUGAUUGGGCCAUUUUUCGAAGUGCUCAUCUUUUUAUCGAUUCUCUCCGGAGAGAAUCGGAGGCGGAUGCGUUUCUGCUCGAGGACACUGCCGGCGAUCGCUGAAAAAUUCACGAUAGCGUUCAUCGAUCGACACGGUGAAAAAGAGACAGAGAAACCAAAUGAAAAUAGCGAAUCCUGACUGAUCCGGUGGUGGCGCACGCGAAGCGUAUCCACGCUGUUUGCGCGAUAAUCCUAACGAAACUUCGCUCAUUAUCGAUUCCUUCGAGGCUGUUGUUGCUAAGCGGAUUCCUCGCGUUCCGUGUUAAUCCUCGUUCCUCAUCGAAUAUUUCUAUAUUAACAAAUAUUACGGUAUUACUCUCCGUGAGAGGAGGAACCACUUUGCUUGUUAUCUCGUAGGUGAACCAGUUAACUCAUAGAAUUCAUUGUUUCUACGAAGACGACGUUUUCAUCUGCACCUCGACGUUCCGACACUAGGUCGAACGGCGGCGGCCUAACGCGUACGGUCGCGACGAACGCGGGGGCGGAAAGGGGCGGAGGAUCAAUAUCACGGUUAGGGAGAGACCAGACUGAAAAUAGGAGCGAGUGUAGGAGCAGCGAUGAGGGAUAAGGAUUACAAGAGGAGAGAGAAAAGGAAAGAGGAGGGAAGCCAACCCGAAAAUGUCAAUUCGCCGGCCUUGGCUCCUCGUGAAAUUACUAUCGUGGCAUAAGGGUAGAGCUCUAAACGGACUCUUACGGUUUUACGGGAGAAUUACCCUCGGAUAGAGCAGAUGUCUAUGGUGAUGGAGAAAUAUUUCUGUGGCAUCGGAUUAUGAUUCUUGUGAGCAAUAACUCCAGUAGAUUCAGUUGAGUUUUAGGUCACGGAGGAUCAUAUGGAUGUAAAAGAUUCAUAGUAAUUUGUUUUUGUAUCAUGUUUCGUUGAUCGAUUUGGGUUGUUCGUAGAAUUACGUUCAUGUAAAUCGUGUCAUAAUAGAAUCGUAUUCUUAGUUUCUGUUUUAUUAGAGUAUCCUGUUAAUUCGAAGUUUUGUUUUGCUUUAUUCGUUUAUUAAAUUUUGUUUUGGAUAGAUUCCGAAAUUGAUUUUUGGAGAAUUAACUGUGUCAUUCUAUCUAUCGAGAUUUAGUAUUUUGAAAUUCACUCGAGAACCUUCAAUCUAUUUAGAAUCUCAUUAAGAUUUGUCAACCAAAGUUUAUCCAAGCUUUUGUAAUUAUUAAAUAUUAUUUAAAACCCAAAUAGUAUUAGUAUUUGAAUAAAGUCGUCGAUCUUAGAUUCGCAAUUCUAUAUAAGUAUGCCAAGGUGAAAAAGGCAUUGAUUUAUAAUCUGAUCGUAUUGAUAACUAUAUCCUUGGUUAAGUGUCGUCCUAUAUACCAAUAUGCAUAUUGUGCAAGCUAUACUGUGAUUAAUAAGUCUUUUCUUUCAUACAAAUUCGAGUGGGCCAAUCGUUUUUCACCAAAGUCCAUGAUUUUGAGAAUUAGUUCAUUAGAUGUUGUAUAUAAUGAACGAUAUAAGAAAGUGAAUUUGUUAGGGCAAUCUUACUUUCCUUUACUUCCAUUUCCAGUAGGUCACGACUAUUUGAGAUGAAAGUAAGAAAUAAGUAUUACUAAAGAUAAACGACAAAAGUGAAAUAGAAUAAUAUAUUCGGUUUGUAAUAGUUUGCAAAUUUCAUUGAUAGAACAUGUAAGUGCAAUGACGAUCCACUGGUCGACAUCGACAGAGCACGCAACGCUCCACUAUAUACACAACACCGAAUGGCUCAUGAAAAAUCUGUGGUGAAACUAUCAAUUAACUGACCUUUGCGAUAGAGAAAGGCAGAGUUCACGUAACUAUUCUGGAUUAGGACAAAUUCUCGUUUCGAAGUUGCACAUUCUAGCAACUACAAAUUACGCAAACACUGAAGACGUUUGAGUCGCGUAAAAAUCUCGAGUCCAAGUACAGUAGAGCAAAACAAACUUCCGGAAAUAUCUCGCGAAUUAUCUGUUGAAACAGACAAGAAGAUAUGAUUUUUUAAUUUCCAACGUAACGGUAAAUAUGUUGACUAGAAGGAACGUGUUUGUUAACUCACAGUCGUUUUUUCCCUAAAACGGCGACAGAUCUGAAACGUUGAUCAUCCUUCGUCGUAAAAGUCAGCGAGAGUAAAAGUAUCGAGAUAUUUUCUAAGUUCUUGUUCUUGACACAGAAGAAACAGUAACAAUAAAAACACACACAUAUAAUUUCACUCUAUUGCGAGAGAACAAAAAAAGAAAAAAAAAUGAAGUAUAAAAAUGUGAAAAAUUGGACGGUAUACCUAUAUUUCAAGGUUAUAUAAAACCAACUCGUGGUUCUUGUAUCCAGUUUAUUUUAUACUCGCUUGCCUUUUGUGUAGAGCGUCGACUAGAUGAUUUUCUACUGAUCCUCUCUUUACAAGAAUACGAAAAACAGUCGUCGAGGUUGUCGCAAACAUCGAAACCUCUUUUUCAUAAACGUUACUCAUGUACCGUCAUCCAGGGAAUUUCGUUUUUUUCCAAAGACAGUCUCUACGACGAACACCCGUAUAUCCUCGAAAAUUUUAUUUCAAUUUGCGUUUUAAUGAACGAUCGGUUUUACGUGUUCCUAUUUCUUAUAUUAGAAACUAUAUUCAAGUUUAAACGUGAAUACCGAAUUAAUUAUUAAAACUCUCAGUUUGUCGAGGUUAUUGAACUAUAGCGAAUUUUCAAUUCGAAGAGACUGUUCUUUGCAACAACGAAAUCGAUUCAACGAGAGGAAGAGGCGAGAAAAAGCAGAGGGUGACUCAAUUGAGAAUAUAAUAAUUAUACAUAUAGUAUAUAGCUAUAUAUACACACACACGCAUAUAUAUAUAUAUAUAUAUAUAUAUAUAUAUAUAUAUAUAUCUUUUUCUCGACAAUUCCUUCGAAUGAACCAAUUGAUUAUAUAUAUAUCUCGCGGUAAAUGAAUACAAUUCAGAAUAAUGCUUGAGGGAUCAGUAUUUAUAAUACUCGAGGAGGUUUCGAUAAAUGCGAUAAAAUAAUAUUUGACCAACAACGAUGACUACGACGACGACUCAGAAUCACGGCGACAGAAGCAUAGCGACGUAUCGGUUUCUUUUUUCCUUCGUCGUAUAUUGUAAAUAGCGUGUAGUAAGUCAGUAUGCGGUUGGUGGGAGGUAGGUAGAGACAAAGAGAAAGCGAGCGAAGCACGUGACUGUAAUUUUUGCGGCUGACGGAUAAUCGGCGAACACCGCCGCGCCACAGAGUCUUGAUGUUUUCUUCUUCGACCGAAUUGCGCGCGAGAGGGGAUCGAGAAUGCAAACGAAAGCCGUUUCUCUCCCUUCUCGGCGAGAAAUCGCUUCGAACAGGUCAUAGGAUACGGUCCGUGACGGUACGUAACGGGCGUGCACAGUGACAAUCUUGCGAAAUAAAACGAAACGAAAUAAUUAAUGAUUGAGAAAAUUUAAAAAAUUAAUUAUUGAAAGUCACUAUUUUAUGAAUGGAUAGGAUGAAUCGAUAUAUAACUAGAAGAAAAAAAAAAAAAAACGGAAGAAAGAUAAUGUAGAGCAAGAAGCGAAUAAUAUCGAUGUUGAUUAAAAUUCUGUUGAUUGAAAUUCUAAAUUCUUUAAUUACAAUUGUGAAUUAAGGAAAAUAAUACGAUAGGAAGGGUAAAGAAGAAUCACACGCGAAACGGGAUGAACGUGCUAGCGCUUUCGCCGCAGAUCAAUCGACGCAGAUUCAAUACUCUUUCUUCAUGCUAUUGUUCUUAACGAGAUUGUGAUAUAUUAUAUUGUUAAUGCUGUAACGAUAACUAGAUGCGCGUACGUAUAGAGGGCGCAAUUGUUCGUCGCGCGGAAGUUUUAGUCAAAAAGAGGGCGCAGCAAGCGAUCAUCCCGGGGACUCGAAUGAAGCAGAUUCUUCGCGAGUGUUCGCCGAUAUAGUUUUCGAUGAUCCGUGCCGUGAAAUUUACGCUUCGCCGUUUCUUUCCGUUCGCGAACACGUGAAAGCAGAUCGGUUUACCGAGAGAGAGAAAGACAGAGAGAGACGAGACGAGGUAGCAAUAAAACAGUAGUGAAACAAACGAGGAAAAAAAAGAGCGAAACAGUAAGAGAUAAAGGAAGAGUUAGAAAUAGAGAGUGAGUGGACACGCGUUGAUUGGAUGGAGACGCGAGGGAAACAAUGCCUGUAAAUAAACGAACAAAACAGAAAAAAAAGAUGAAAUGAAGAAGACAGUGUUGCGUUAUAGUUAUUUAUGUUGCUGAUCGAAGCGAAUUCGAUAGUGAAUUAUUGUAAUAAUUCGUAAUUUAAGACGGAGAACGGAGGAAGAGAAAUGAGAAAUCAUAUACACAGAUUAUGUACAUAAGCUAAUGGGUAAUAUCUCCCUUGGUAAAGGAUAGUUUACGGAUAGUUAUUUUUAUUACUAUUAUUAUUAUUAUUUCUAAGUAACUAUUAUUAUUAUCAUAUUAUUAUUGUCAUAUUAUUAUUUUAUUAUUAUUAUUAAUUAUUAUUAUUACUUAUUACUAUUAUCAUUAUUAAUAUUAUAAUUACCAUUGUUAUCCUUCGGCCAAUGAUCUCAAAAGCAAGAUAAUUAUGUUCGGAUGAGAGUGUUGCUAAAUCUGAGCCGAUUUCAAUUUUCAUCAAAGGCCACAGUGGGAAAAGGAUCACCGUUUUCGUUCAUACAUUCAAGACACCGAUUCUACUUCUUCAUCUCUCGUGUUUUCUUUUUAUCGACUUUUAAUUAUUUCCUUUUUUUCGUUCAUUCGUCCGUUCCUUCCUUCCUUUUACUUUUAUUUCUGGCCUAUGUACUCUCUAAACAUGUUUAUGACGCACUCGAAGCGAAUUCUUCGUCUACGGUUGCGCUUCGUUUCCGGUUCUAGUAAAUUUCGUUACACUUCUAAUACGACGCGCACAUUCUAAAAGAUAAUGAACGCGCGGUUUUUGAAUUCUUUCCUCCGUUUCGAUUUAUCUCGGAUCACUUAGACUUCUCUUGGCUUUAAGCACACGAUAAAUAGACGCGUGAUCAGAGAAUGAACGUUCCUUUUUUUUAUUGGGCCAUACAUUCUUUCAUUGCAUAAGAAAGAACAUAAACAGGAUAAAUAAUCGUUUAUAUCGCUAUAGGUCCCGUUUAUAUCGAGUUAUUUUAUAAGUGUUUAUCAAAUGAGUAAUAUGCCCACUUAAAAUUCGUGAACUCUAAUUUUUAUUUUGUUUCAUCGUAUGUUACGUGCGAACGGCAGUUCUAUAUAAAACACGGAAGGUUAUUUGGUUUUGCCCUAGAUUCGUCGACGAAUCCUUUAAGUGAGGACAUUAAGAGAAAGAAAAAGAAAAAAAGGAAAAAAAUAAAUAGCGGUUUAAUAUAAUGUAAUUCGAAAGUGACCUAUUAAAUGAAUGAAUUUAGUUAAAUCUGAUAGCGGUGCAACGCUGAUCAAAUUAUUCAUAAACAUGUUUUAUCAAACGAGAGUCAAGACAUUUUGUCAUGUCUUUGUAUAUUUUUAUGCAAUGUUGUAGAAUGAUAUUGUUUCAAAUAUAUUAUACAGAUAAUAAUAAUAAACAAAUUUAUAUGCCAUAA